AGCCGAUUUCUCCCGAGCACGGUGGAGAGUUCUCCGCGGUCCGCGCACCUCGAAGACGCUUGCAGGUCGGCCGAUUGAACGCCAUGCUCUCCACUCGCGUCAGCGUUGCCAUGCGGCACAGGGCCUCCCUAGUGGCUUGCCGAGCCGCGGCACAAGUGCCUGCGACCACCUUCAAUGAGGUGAAGUUCGUGAAAGAAGAUGUGGAGAAGGUCAUGAUGGAGUUGCCAGAUUACAACUUCUAUGAGUUCAAGGAACCGGUUCCUAACCCAUACCAAGGCACGACACUGGAUCGGAGCAUCCUGCUGGACCCUCCGGCACCGGCGCUGGUGGCGCCCAAGUUCGAGUUCUCCAAGCUCGAGAAUGGCAUCAAGAUUGCCUCGGUGGACAAGCAGGGCCUGACCGCCCGCCUCGGUCUCUACGUCCAUGCGGGCUCACGGUUCGAGACCUCCGCCAACUUGGGCGCAGCACACAUGGCCGCAUUGAUGGGCUUCCGGUCCACAGCCCAUCUCAGUCACCUCAGGACGGUGAAAACCUUGGAGCAGAUGGGCGCCGAUCAGUCGGCCUCCGCCAAGAGCGGCAGAGAGGAGAUCCUCUAUCAGGUGGAUGUGCAGCGGGAGAUGCUGCCGUAUGUGGUGCCUUUGAUGGUGGGCAAUGUGAUCUUCCCUCGCAUGUUGCCUUGGGAAGUGAAAUCGGCACAGGGAGAUGUGAAGACCGACAAGGAGGCGCUGAUGUCCAACCCCGACAGCAUGGUGAGUGAGCUGCUUCACAAGGCGGCUUACUGCAACAACACCCUGGGCCGAAGCCCACUGAUGAGCGAGAGGUCUAUGGGCUAUUUCACACCAGAGACUGUGCGGGGCUACCUCUUGGAUCAUUUCGCCCCGGAGCGCAUGGUCUUCGUGGGGGUGAACGUGCAGCAUGCGGAGCUCACCAAGUGGGUCAUGCGCUCUUUCGCAGAUUACAAUGCCAUCCCUAUGAAGAAGCGUGAGGACACCAAGGCCACCUACACCGGUGGCGACAUGCGAAUGGAGGGCAAGUCCCCCUACUGCCACCUCGCGCUCGGGUUGCAGUCCUGCGCCUUUGGGCAUGCUGAGCUGGCGCCCGUCGCCCUCAUCCAGGAGCUCCUGGGCGGUGGAGCGGCGGCCACCAGCACCAUCGGCUCCGGUGUGACCUCGCGGCUCUCCACCCAGGUGGUGAAGCAGAGCCCCUUCGUCGAGUCGUGCAUGGCCUUCAAUACCUCGUACGCCGACAGCGGCCUCUUCGGCGUCUACGGCGUGGGCCAAGCCGAGAAGGCGGGUGAUAUGGCGAUGGCCAUGGCCACGGCGCUCAAAGGUGCUGGCUCAGUCACCAAGGACGAGUUGGCCAAGGCCAAGGCCAUGCUGAAAGGGAAGAUGCUCCGUCAGGCGGACAACGAUUCGGAGCUCAUGCAGGACAUGGGACAGCAGCUCUUGCUCACGGGGAAGUAUGGCAGCGCGGCAGAGUUCACGAAGAUCAUCGAUGCGGUGACGGAAGCUGAGGUCGCCGACUGCGCCAAGAAGAUGUUGGGCUCGAAGCUCUCGGUGGCCGCCUUCGGCGACAUCCAUGCGGUCCCUGCGUACGCGACCAUUGAGGGUGCAUUGAAGUGAAAGCAAUUGAGGGUGCCUCUCCAGAACAUGCAAAGGUCGGUCUUUUUAGUUAGAGAAUCAU